AUGCCUGCGUCGCUAGUUGCCUCUCCCCUCAUCCCCGCUCACAUGCCCAGCAGGAAGCCAUGCAAGACUGGCACACGAUUUGGACGACCCGGUCCGAAUGUUCGAGACACGCUCUCAAGGUUCCAAGAUGGGGGCCGUGUACGCCUCAACUUCUUCCUGAGCAUCAUCUUCGUUGGAAUGAUCCUCAACGGAUACGACGGCACCCUUAUCUCGGGUCUCCAGGCCUUCCAGUCGUGGAACGAUGACCUCGGUCUCACCGACAACCCCAACUCGGCGGCACUGCUUGGUCUGCUCAACGCAGCGGGUCCUCUUUCCGGUUUUGUCAUCGGCCCCAUCAUCCAAUGGAUUGACGACACUUUCGGCCGUCGCUGGGGUAUCCGCUUUUACGGCUACACCAUUCUCACCGGUACCGUCAUCUCGGUUGUCGCCGGUGUCAACUCGGCCAAGGGCAACAGUGGCUACACCCUCUUUGUCAUCGGUCGCUUCAUUAUCGGCUUCGGACAGGCGUCGUUCCUCAUGACCUCGCUUGUCGUCGUCCAAGAGAUCACCCACCCGCGCACUCGUGAGACCGUUGCCGGCUCUUGGGACUCGUACUACAUCAUCGGCAUGGUCCUCGCCUCAUGGGUCAACUUUGGUACCUCGUUCAUGUCGGGUUCGUGGGGCUGGCGUCUGCCUUACCUUCUGCAGGUGCCCAUGGCUCUCUACGUCCUCAUCGCCGUCCAGUUCAUGCCCGAGACCCCUCGUUACCUCAUCAGCAAGGGCGAGGACGAAAAGGCCCUCCAGUUUAUGGCCACCUACCACGGAAACGGCGAUGCCAGCGACCCCCUUGUCGUGUUCGAGUUCCAGGAGAUGAAGGAUGCCAUCGAGGCUGAGCGUAUCGCCAAGGCUGAGAAGUGGUCCACCAUUCUGCGCUCGCCUUCCAACCGCCACCGUCUCGGUCUCGCGGCGCUCAUGUCGUUCCUCACCAACCUCUCGGGUUCGUCCAUCAUCUUCUACUACUACUCUGUUGUGUUCGACCUCGUCGGCAUCACCGACACCACCACCCAGACUGGUAUCGCUGCUGGCAUGAACGUCUUCCAGUGGAUCGCUCAGAUUGCCGCCAUCUGGACCGGCAAGUACGUCGGUCGCAAAAAGAUUAUCCUGGCCAACUGGCCCAUGCUCUUGCUCGUCCUCGUCGGUCUCACCGUCUCGGGCGCUACGUUUGCCCACUCUGGCGAAACCGACCACAAGUCUGCCGUGGCCACCGUCGCACUUGUCUGGAUCUACAUGGGCUUUUACAACUUCUGCAACCCCAUCCUGUACUCGUACCCGGCCGAGGUGCAGACCUUUUCCAUGCGCUCCAAGGGUCUCCUGAUCUGGAACUCGGUCACCCAGAUCCAGGCCAUCUACGUCACCUUUGUCGACUCAAUCGCCCUCGACGCCAUCGGAUACAAGUACUACAUCGUCUACAUGCCCCUGGUCAUCCUCCAGAUCUUCCUCGUCAAGUACUUCAUGGUCGAGACCAAGGGCUUUACGCUCGAGGAGGUCGCCUUGGCCUUUGAGAACGCUAGCUCGACCAACCUGCCCAUGAUCCGCGACGCCGAGGCUGCUGGCACCGUCGACACUGCCUCGGUUGGCGGUGACUCGAAGGAGUAA